ACACCGAUGAAGUACAAGAACAUUUGUUGAUGAUGAUCAUCAUCUUCAUCAUGACAACAACAACAUACCAGAAGCAAUCUGACGCCAGUCUUGUUUCUACAAGUUCAUCAUCAUCAUCAUCGUUGAUUUUGUCUGUUUAUUUGUUUUAAGAAGAAAAAAAAAAAAAAACGAUGCCCUAAACAAACCAUGAUUCAAUGCAUAAAAUUCGAAUCAUUAUUGUAAACUACAGAAUAAAGAAUGAAAUUCUCUACAUCAUCAUCAUCAUCAUCAUCAACAAUAACAACAUCUAUGAACGGAAGUGGCCAAAAUUCUAUUAAUAAUAAUGCUGUUUAUGUUAAAAGAAUGACGAUGAAUAAUCUAAUUCAUUCAUUCAAUUCAUCAAAUUCUUCAUCAUCAUCAUCAACAUCAUCGAAUUCGACCACUACAAAUACAAAUUAUCAAGCAUUACUAAAUCAUUUUCGUUCAUGGCAAAGAUCAAGAAAGAUGAAAAUGUUUUCAUCAUCAUCGACAAUAACAAAAAAUUCAUCAUCGUCAUCAUCAUAUGUUGGAAAUCAUCUUCAUCAUCAUCAUCAUCAUCAAAAUAAUCCGAUUAAUAAUCUUUGUUAUCAAUCUAUUUUGAUUAAUAAUGAUAACGAUAUUGAUAAUCAUCAACCAAAUCAACAACAAAAAUUUCCACAUUCAACAAAAACAACAACAACAACAAAUCGAAAAUAUAUGAUUGGUGGUGGUCGUUUAACUGCCACUAAAUCAUCGAAUCCAAUCGUUAGUUUUCUCAAUAAAGGUGAUGGUAAAAUUGCACUUAAUUUUAAAACAAAAUCAUCACUACCACCGCCACCACCACAAUCAUCAUCAUCAUCAUUAGAAAAGCCGCUAGUCAUUUUACAAAAUGAUAAUCAACUUUAUUCAAUGGAUAUUUUAAUGGCUUCUGAUCAUCAUCAUCAUUAUCGAACAUCGGAAUCAAAUUGUUAUGCAACAUUAGAACCACCCGAUAAUUAUCAACAGCAACAGUCAAAUGAGUCCAAUUAUAUCAUUGAUCAGAAUGAUCCACUUGCAAAUGAAUCAUGGUAUUAUGGUUCAAUUGAACGUGAAUAUGCACAACAAUUAAUACGUAGUUGUCCAACUGGAUCAUUUCUUGUACGACGAUCAUUGACACAGGAUCAUUGUUAUGCAUUAACAAUUCGUGUUCCAUAUGAUUAUAAUCAUACAGGUGUUGCUCAUUAUCUAAUUCUAUCGACAAUAAUCGAUUUUAAAAUCAAAGGAUUUCAAAAAGAAUUUCCAACAAUUUCAUCAUUAAUAAUACAUCAUAGUAUUAUGAAAGAACAAUUACCAUGUACAUUACGUUUGAUUCAAACAAAAUUAUCAUCAUCACCAUCACCAAUGUCGAUGACAAAUGGUACAUUAUAUCGGAAGCAUGAUCAUAAUCAUCAUCAUCAUCAUCAAUCACAGCCACAAUCGGCGAUUAAUUUUUAUCGAGGAAAAAAAUCUCAUUAUGGUUGUGGUAAUGGUGGUUCAUUAACAACAACAACAACAACAACAACACCAACAACAAAAUCAUUGUCCAUGUAUGGUUUAUCAACCUAUCGUUCGAAUUGGAAUCUUGUUCCAUCAAAUUUACAAUCACCAACAUCAUCUACGACAUCAAUAUCGAUCGAUGAUCGAAUGGUCGAUGUUGACCUCGAUCCAACCUAUCAACGGAUACUUGAAAAUUUUCGUAAAGCUAUGGCUCAUUGUAAUUGACAUUUCAUCAUCAUAAUCAUCAUCUAUUAUUUGGUCAAAAAA